UGGAAACCGACGAAAAGCCAAAGUCUGAGGUUUCUGAAUCAAACCUGAAAGGCAUGGGAAGUAUUAGAGAGAAUCAUAUUUUGGGGGACAGCAACAUGUCUGCAAGCACCAAAGACAUGUUGUUUAGAGCUGAUCAAAUUGAUCUCAAAAGCUUGGAUGUGCAUCUAGAGAAACAUUUGAGUCGAGCUUGGUCAAGAAAUGUAGAUACUAAUGGACCAAAAGAACCAUGGGAGAUUGAUUUGGCUAAGUUGGAAAUAAAGAAUCUUAUUGCUCGAGGAACAUAUGGUACCGUUUAUCGUGGCACUUAUGAUGACCUAGAUGUUGCUGUGAAACUAUUGGAUUGGGGUGAGGAUGAUAUGGCAACUAGUACGGAACUGGCUUCUUUAAGAGCAUCAUUCCGGCAAGAAGUUGCUGUUUGGCACCAUUUAGACCAUCCAAAUGUUACUCGUUUUGUGGGUGCUUCGAUGGGAACAUCGAAUCUUAGGAUACCUGAGAAAACCUCAAGCGAUGGUCCGACUGAUAAACUUCCAUCAAAGGCAUGUUGUGUGGUUGUCGAGUAUAUCUCAGGUGGGACAUUAAAAGGGUUGUUGUACAAGAAUAGGAGGAGGAAGCUCCCUUAUAAAGUUGUUAUUCAACUUGCUAUGGAUCUAGCUAGAGGAUUGAGCUACCUCCAUUCAAAGAAGAUUGUACACCGCGAUGUGAAAGCUGAAAAUAUGUUGCUAGAUACUCAUCGAAACCUAAAAAUUGCAGACUUUGGUGUUGCCCGUGUUGAAGCUCAAAAUCCUAGAGACAUGACGGGUGAAACUGGAACACUAGGUUAUAUGGCUCCUGAGGUUCUUCAAGGAAAGCCUUAUAACAGAAAGUGUGAUGUAUACAGCUUUGGUGUAUGUUUAUGGGAAACCUAUUGUUGUGAUCUGCCAUACCCAUUUCUUAGUUUUUCUGAAGUUUCCUCUGCAGUUGUUCGACACAAUCUGAGGCCAGAGAUACCAAGAUGCUGCCCAAGUUCUUUAGUAAACAUAAUGAGAAAAUGUUGGGAUGCAAAUCCGGACAAGCGGCCAGAGAUGGAUGAAGUUGUGAAGUUACUAGAAGCCAUUGAUACCAGCAAAGGCGGAGGUAUGAUACCCGAAGAUCAAGCUACUGGUUGUUUCUGCUUCGGCCAAAUUCGAGGCCCGUGAAUUAGCUAGUUCUAAUCCCCUCCAACAAUAUAGUAUGCGAUAUCAUUAAUUAAUGCAUCGGUACGUGUUCUAAUUGAUUGUAUAGAGUGGAAUGAACUAAAACAAAUCAAGAAUUCAUGUGAUUCUAUAUGAUAUACAACAAAAUGCUAGCAUGCAUAUGGUUGUAAUAUCUAAAUUGUUUUAUCUAAUGGAUUGUUUUUUAGAUUACUUGUU